AUGGAGAAAUCGCAAGAGAUCAGACAAAGGGACGCCAAAACUCGGAUCAAGAAAUCACACUCGCAGCAAACCGAUGUGAUGAUGGACUUCCAAGAUUGCACGUCUGAUAACGACUAUGCUAGUACAGCUUCUGAAAGUGAGACAUCAUCUUCUAGACAGCGGAGAUCUAGUAUUGACAAAAAGAAACCGGCCCCCUCGAUUUUGCACUGCAGUGCAUCAUUUCUGGACACUGACACUUCUUUCACGGAAGACACAGAGCUGUCGCACAAUCAGCUAUCCACAAAACCGCUACCACAAUCUGCAAUAUAUUCCGAACAAACGACAAGGCCAUCCCCGAACCUCCCGGCUCGAUCCCUAUCACAUUCUAAUCCUCACCUGUUACUGGAAAGAGCUCCUUCUUCGCCUCUAGCUUCCGCUUUGGCAUCCGUGCGUAGACCAUCUGUGCAAACCGCUAGCUAUUUGCCCUACAAGGUCUCAAUGGCAUCGCCGCUCGUCACUUCUUCGUUUGCGAGCACGUCUACAGCCGGUGGAAGUGCUAGAUCCCCAGCUUUAAGUAGAUUCGAAUUGGAAAGUGCUGCUGCACGUCCCUACUUCGAAGAUCGUGCUGCCCAUCGCCGACGCUCUAUGUACGAGCGCAUGACAUCAAAGCAAUACGGCUCUUGUGAAGGCAGUUUUGGCAGUCGCGACCUAUUGCAACAGGCUCUGCAGCCCUCUCGAUAUCAGCUAAAGGACAAUCGAAUGAAACUUACGCGAGGUAUGAGUGAGGGGCAAAGAAUCGGUAUGGGAGAAAGCACUGAUUUAAUGCUACACGGCGACAGAAGCAAGCACAACUCGUGUGAUGCUAUCGAUAAUAGCACGCCAAAAUCAAAACUGAGGUUGAUAGCGAAAAAUAUGAUGGAGCCUUUAAAGAAAAAGAAAGGUAGAAAGGUGGAGAAGUCGAAUAAGGCUUAAAUUUCGAAUGUUUUAUACUAAACAGAAUAGCUAUAUCUCCCAUUAAUAAAGU